UGAAAAAAAACCUUAUACUUUCCUUACUUACCACCACAAAUCCCAGUGUGUCCAACCCAUUGAUUUCAUUUUUUAGUAUGUUAAUAAUUUAUUUUUACUACAACAUUUGAGGCGUUUUUGUUUUGUAACAUGGAAAUACAACACUGUGAGGUCACUGAUUAAAUGACCUUGUCAUAAUUAACAAUUUGUAUGUAACGUAAUUAAAAUGCAAAAACUCAAAACAUUUUUAUGUCCCCGGGGGGAAUUUCGGUGAAACUUUACAGGAUUAUUUGUCGGCAUGCCUAGUUAUGCAUAGUAUCUUGGAUUUUUGCCAAAUAUAUGUGAAACCCACAAAGAUAAAUUCAAUAACGCAUUUACGGUAACUUUAUAUCAAGGCUUCUAUUUUGGGCGUUAAUUACUUUUCAGCGACAGCAUUUGUUUCCGUUUUUGAUUUUGGAUUUAGAAUUGAAUCAAAAUUGUAAUAGUUGUAACUAUUUAUUAAACCAUUCAUCCGCUGCAUUUAGGCUAUAAAGAUUAUGUAAAUGGGGUGUAACACAGAGCCAUCGGUGAUUGAUCGGUAGUUUUUGUAGCCAAAUUAUUGAUUGAACCGAAGACACCCAUAUCACCUAUUGGUCACCUGUUUUCCACCUAUCAGCUGCUAUUGGGGAAAGAUAAGUUUUAUCGGUGAAAAAAUACCGAUUGGGAUUUUUAAACAUGUUUAAAAUUCUCGAUCGGUGACAAAUAAUCUACAGCAACCUAUAUCAUGAGAUAUGCAAGCUCUUAAUCACCCAUAUCGCCGAUCGGACAAAGAUAACCAAAUAUGAAUGACCGGCCAUAUCUAACAGAAAGUGUUUAACAACUAAUGACUAGCUAUCAAACACCGAUUAAUCAGUGCUUUCUGUCACCGAUGGCCUUUUACACAGAAAACCAGAAAUAAAAUCACGCAUGACAACCGGUCAUAACAGCGAGUAAAUUUAACAUUAAAUGACCGAUUGGGGAUCGACCGUCUGUGUAACUGGAGUGUUACCGUUGCAUUGUUUCUUUUGUAAAAGUGGACGGGUGCAGCAAGUUUAUUUACAUUUAUUUUGAUAAACCAUGUAGGUGAGUUAAUAUUUCUCAAAUAAUUAUUGUUAAAUAUAUGCAUUAUUCACACUGAUAAUAAUUAAAGACGCCCUUUUAAAAUAAGUAAGGCGGGGUUUUCUCGAAAAUGCAUCAAUUUGAAAUUACCUUUAGUAUUGAACGGAUAAAGUAUCAUUGCCAGACGAGCAAACGAGCGUAGAUUAUUUUUAUAAUUAAUGAUAAUCAAAUUAAUUUGAAAAUAAAAUACUAUUACAUACGAGAAAAUCACUUUUUUAUAUAGUCGCAUUGUAUCAUUGAUAUGUUUCCUAAUAAAUGCAUGUUUUUGUUGUUAUUGUUUUAUACACUAUAUUAAAACUCAUAUAUUACAAAUUGUCGACUGCAUAUUACAAAUUGUGUUGAGUGCAUUAGUGUAUGUGUAAGAUAUAUUCCCAUUCAGAAGUAAGUUAUAUACAGCAAACCGACGUUCAAGAUAUUUGCCUAUAUCUGUGCUGUUAAAUUUACAGUUUAUCCAAAAUAAUAUACAAUGCAGUUGUUCACACAAAUUUUACGCAAACGUACGUUGAUUUUGCCCUUAUGACAUAUAUUUCUAUCCAGACUGAACAUAUAUUCAUUUUACGUGCUUUCAUUUUGGAAUACUUUGUCGGGAAGGUGCAAUCAUAGUAUGACUCAUCUAGAAAAUAAUCGACGAUGGUGAAUUUAUAUAAAUGGAUGGUUAUAGGAACGCUGUUGAUGGGUAUUGUAGUUUUGCUUACUACUUCGUAUUACAUGCAAACAAGAAAGCGAGGCAGAAUGUAUGUAAAAGCAGUUAAUUCUGAUAAUAAACUGGUUGAUGUACAAGAAAGUAAAAGCUGUUCGGAUUGUUCAGCCAAAAAUAAAACACAAAUUUCAAUACUAUUCAUAAACAAACCUCGCCACAUGAAUAUACUGGAAGGAAACCAAUACUUGAAAAGCAGCUGUUAUUUUAAAAACUGCAUUUUGACUGAUUUUGUUAAAAAUAUAUCUGAGAUGUCGGCAAUAGUGUUCAAUGCCCAAGACAAUCUUCCCUUUAAAGGUGAAUAUUUGAAACAAAUACGCAAAGAAUCUCAAAUAUGGAUAAUUUAUAGAGCAGAACCUAUUGCAGCCGUAAGGACAAGAUGGUUCAGAGAAAAAGAAUGGAAAAAUACGAUGAACUGGACGAUGGGAUAUCGCCUUGACUCCGAUAUAUUUCUUCCUCACCAAUUAUUAGUUACAAGAAAAACACAGAUAAAACGCGAUUACGUUUCUGUAUAUAAUCGUAAAACUAAAAUGGCUGCUUGGAUUGUGAGUCAUUGCCAUGCAGAUAGUCUGAGAGAUGAAUAUGUCCGAGCUCUAAUAAAAGAGGGCAUCGAGGUUGAUAUAUACGGAAAGUGUUCUAAAAACAGAACGAGAGUAAGAGGGAGAACUCUCUAUGAAAGAAUUGACAAAUAUUAUAAAUUUUACUUAUCAUUUGAAAAUAACUUUUGUUUAGAUUAUGUUUCAGAGAAAUUUUUUAAUUACAUUUCUUUAGACACGAUUUUGAUUGUCCGCGGUGGAUUAAACUAUUCGAAACACUUUGAUAAGAAUGCAUUUAUUGAUGCUUCAUCUUUUUCCUCUGUCAAAUCAUUGGCAAAUUAUAUGCUUAGCGUAAGUAAUGACGUAAAGUUAUUUACAAAGUUUUUACAAGCAAAAGACAAAUAUAUUGUUAAUGGUACUCCAGGAUAUAGCCGAGCAGUAUCAACAUGCAGGCUUUGUGAGCAUAUGAACAAUAAAGACAAAUAUAUCCGCACAUAUAAAGACAUUGCUGAUUAUCUUGAAAACGGGACAUGUUUUAAUCCAAAAUAUAUUGUCUGAAAAUGAAAGAUAUUUGACAUAUAUAUUUUUAUUGAUUUAUUUAUUUAUUUUUAUUAUUUCAUUAUAAUUAUUAUUAUUAUUAUUAUUAUUUUUAUUAUUAUUAUUAUUAUUAUUAUUAUUAUUAUUAUUAUUAUUAUUAUUAUUAUUA